GCCAGCGCGGGGCCGCCCCGAGCCGCGCCCGGGCGAGGCGGCGCCGGAGGCUCACCUUCCAGGAACAGCAGCCACCGCCGACUGCCCUUCGACUCUUUGAGUCAAAUACCGAUGGUCCCAACGGCACUUCAAGCCGGGAAGGUGGCUGAGCUGAACGUAGCCCUGCAGUCAACACCCUGAUACAUUUUUGGGCCCAAAAUUGCAUCCUACUGCAGCACUGUUCCCAUCCCUGUGGGGGUUUGUGGGGCUGCAGGGCUGGGGAGCAGCUGGGAGCUGCAGGAACACAUCGCUCUGUGAGGCCUCCGUGCUCCAGGAUCCCCGGCGUGGUUGGCACAAGCAGCUCCAGGAGCUCAUAUCCCAGUAAGGACAGGCAGAACAGAGCUGGAUGGAGACAGCGGGAAAAAGCUUCGGCUUAAAGCAAUUCCAGCGGUUAACCCGGGCCGCGACGGGAGCGACAGAAGCGCCGUCCGGAGCCGGCUUCGGGAACGCAUUCAGCGCAUCGCCGGCGGUGCUGGGAGCGCAGGGGAGCUCCGAGGCACGCGAUGCGACGGACGCCGGCUCGCUGCUCCCGUCACACGCCUCAUCCGAAUGGCGGAGCGGAGAUCCUCGAGGAGGUGUGCAGGAAGCAGGGCGGCAGUCCCGCUGAGUACGGCCUGAAGUUUCAGAGAAGUGUGUUGGAUCUCACUUUGCAGUGGAGAUUUGCCAGACUGCCCAACAAUGCCAAGCUGGAGAUGGUGCCAGUCUCUUGUAAUAGAGCGGGAAUUGGAAACGCGGUUCGGAUUGCACUGCAGUUAGAUGAUGGCUCCCGUUUGCAAGAUACGUUUCUUUGUCAACAGACUUUGUGGGAACUUCUGAACCAUUUUGCAAAGACCAGGGAGUUUCUGGAACAACACGGUGAAUUCUGCCCGGUCUGUAUUUACAUGCGAGAUGAGAUCUCAGGAAAAGAUGCACUAGAGAAGACAACGCUGAAGUCACUUGGCCUGACAGGAGGCAGUGCUAUUGUCAGGGUUGUCAUGAAGAAAUGCAGUUUGUCUGGUCAGGAGGAAGCAGUGGAUACCACAGCACAGUGUGAUGAGCCAGUAGUAAGGCCAAGCUCUACUGAUGGAGCAGUGGAUGUGCCCCUACCUCAGACACAAACAAUCCCGCCAGUCGUGGAUCACAGGGAUGAGGCCUUGUCUUUAAACAACUGCACGGACGAGCAAGACUCAAUUACAGAAUCAAAUGCCAGCUUGGAUGAGCCGUGUCCUCCCUCAGAGUCCAAGUCUACCCCAUUUGUCCCUUUUUUUGGAGGUGGACAACGUCUGGGGGGCUCUUCUGUGUCUGCAACACCUCUCGAACUAGAUAUGCCAUCUUCAGAGCUGCCAACAACUUUCUCUAGCCCUGGAGGCCCUUCUAAGCCAAAGAAGUCUAAGAACAGCCAAGAAAUGCAAAAGGAACAAGAGCAGCUUGUAGAACGAGAGCCACUUCUGUGUCACCCAGACCUGCUAGAUCCACUUCCUGCUGACCUGGAAGACCUUCCUGAUGAAUUUUUUGAAGUCACGGUGGAUGAUGUACGGAAACGUUUGGCACAACUGCAGAGUGAGAGGAAACGCCUGGAAGAAGCUCCACUGCUGACCAAAUCUUUAAGGGAGGCUCAGCUGAAAGAAAAGCUAGAACGUUACCCAAAGGUGGUGUUGAGAGUCCAUUUCCCUGACCGCCAUAUCCUGCAGGGGUUCUUCCGACCUACUGAAACUGUUGGAAUUGUGAAAAAUUUUGUAAGAAGCCACCUUGCAGAUCCAGAUUUACCAUUUUACUUGUUUAUUGCACCUCCCAGAGUCAUCUUGAACGAUGAAAGUUUGAAGCUGUCUGAGGCUAAACUCUUUCCAGCUGCUGUCAUUCAUUUUGGAUCUGAGGAGCGCAGGGAUUGUUACCUGAAAUCGGACCUGCUGAGCUCUGCAGUUUCCCCUUCUGCAGCUGAUUUAUUAAUGGCCAGAUGUUUGUCCAAACCAUUAGCUCCUUCUGCCUCAUCAUCCUCAGAAUCAAUAGUUCCAUCCCUACCUGAACCAGAAGUGAGCAGUGACAAAAAGACUGAACGAUCAGAACCAGCAAGAGUGCAUGAAGCUCCACAGGUGCUGAGAAGGGCCCCUGGGAAAAUACCCAAGUGGCUGAAGCUACCAGGUGGGAAGAGAUGAAGCAUCCUGAGCUGCAGUGAGCAUUCAGUUGUGCCUCUUUCCUGAUGAACUACUUCAGAAUUUGUAAGAAAUUGUUGGUGGUCCUGGAGAGAUCUAAUACGUAUGAACAUUAAUUAUAUACAGAAAAUUGCUAUUACUUUCAGCUGCCAGCUUCACCUUUUGGAGGCGUGCAAGGCCUGUUUAUAGGCUUUGUGACUACAGAAGCAAGAUUUAACAUUUCCUGCAUGCAAAUUAUAUGAAUGGAGAAUGGAAGGGAAAAUAAUUCCUAGAUAAUGUCUGUGAAGGACUGUGAUUUCAUCCAUAUUUUUAAAUUCAAAUCCUCCUACCUUUUGCCUUUCUAUCCUCAAAGCUAACUUGAAUCUGGCUGCUUGAACUCUAGCAGCAAGAUACAAUUCAAUUUUACCUAUAGUUUAGUGCUGACUAGAAGAAGACCUCUCUGCUUUUUGCUGGUAAUUCUGGGCGUAGAUGGCUAGAAAGUGGGUUUAAGGGAAGCACAUCACUUACAACAGUUCAGAUUGCCUUUUCCUAUGAAACUCUUGGUCUACUGCACUUACAUUGUUUUCAUUUGCCCCAGAACACAGGUAUCUGUUAAUGGAAUUUUCUCUGCGCAUAAUUUAUGUCAGUAACUAUGGGUAUAAUGCAGGGAAAAAAAAUUCCCAUAAGAAUCUCUUCGUGUGACCAUCAAUCUACAAAUGUCUUCUGUGGUCUGAGAGUUCCCACAGCAGAGUAAGCUGUUCUCUGCAUGCAGUUGAUAUGCAGAGGAAAGUGCUAGUCCUGAAUUUGCCUCCUGCAGAUGCUGCAGUGGGAUGAGCGUCACUGUUUAGAACUGUGCUUACACUGGAGAUUACAGUGCCACAGUAGCCAUGGUGCUUUAUUUUUAUUUUUUAAGUCUUCUCCAUGGAUUGGUGAUUCAUUCUGGGCAAGCUGGGUUCCAUGUUAUGGUAAUAGCACAUUUUCCAUUUUCCCUGUACAGACAAUUGUUCUCUAAACUAUGUGUGCAUCUGCACAAUUUUGAGAUGUAAUAAAGCACAGUGGCCAGAGGAGGCCUUUUUGUCGGUCUCUUUGAUAAUGUGUUCCUUCCCCCAGUGCUCUGUUUCUCUGUCAGUUCACAGGAACCUGCUCUCUUUUCAAUGGGCCUGUCAUGCCUCAUUCCCUUCCUCCCAUUUUUUUUUUUUUUUCCAACAAAGCAAAACAGAGCUUUGUACCAUCUGAAUGAACUUCAAAGUAGCUAGAAAGGGCACCCAGGGUUCCUGGCACUUGUCAUUGUCUCCCAGCCUGGCCAACAUUUCCCUUCAGGUCUAAUUACUUCCAAAUGCUCUUAGAUGCUUUGAAGAAACUUGAAGGGAGGGAGAAGCAUGAAAGGUGGAAGAGGAAAAAGGAGACUUAAAGUGGAGGGAGCAGAAUGCUUGAGCAAAAAUGUUGAUUGAUUCCUUAUAUGACACCCAAACAUAAACAGGGGAUGUGUGCGGCCACCGGCAGUGGAGGAUGCAAGAGCACUGUGUGCAGACAUGCUGCUCUAAGUUCUUUCUUUGAAAGGCAAGCUCUUCUGGUGCUUGAUGUCUAUAAAAGGUGUAUUACAACAAAACAAAAUUAAAAUAAUGUUUAAAGCUUACUACUUCAGAGGAUUGUGUGGGCUAAGCUGUUGUUUGGUUCAAGUACUCUCAUUCUCAUUGCUUUCACAGAAGUUAGAAGUAUGCUACAGCUAGAGCUGCUGUGCUGAGUUUGUGUAGGAUUUAUUGGGGGCCCAGAAGAGCCAUAGGUUGGCUCCCAGCAUAGGCAGUGAUGUACUCGUGCUAGUGUUUGAAUCACUGGAUUAAGAGUAAAUAGGAGUGUUUUGGAUAUCAGGAAGCUGUACUGGGCUUCAGGGGUGCUACUCUUUGUUUUUGAAGAGCACAGGCAACAUCAAGUGCCUUAGUUGUUUUGAUUGUAUCAGUUUUGUCACUUGUGAGUACAUGAGCAAAGAGAAGGAAAUGUCCGAGGACAUGAACAGCACUAUAAACUGCACUAUAAACUGGGGCAGUUUAUUGGGUUAAGUACAGGAGUGAGGAUCAGAAAGUUAAUAUCUGGUCUGUCUUGACCCAACCGCUGCUCACAGAAAGUUAGGCAUGACUUAAUCUGACAGAGGCACUAAUAAAUCUUGGCCCAGUUUCUUCUCUGUAGCUGGGAUGAGCAACAGCUGCAGAACCAAUACUGGGUUUAACCAGAUCCCCAGAGUUAACUUUCUAAUCAUUUUAAAAAUCAAGAUACAACUGGUUUACUCAGACAUACCCUAAUAGUGGCUGUGCCAGUCAGAAGAGGUUUCUGCUGAGGAUUGGACUCCUGCAGCUGAGCCCUUGCAGCUGUGUGCACUGAUUCAGUUGUUUGUGCAUGCCCCUUGUGUAACACCGUGCAUCAGUUUCAUCUACUGCUGUUUUAAUAGAAUGAAAAAUGGAUAUCUCCAACAACUAGAUCAGGUCUUACUCCCCUAUGCAAAAAAAAAAAAAAAAGGAAAGAAAAGAAAAAAAAGCUACAGCUAUUAAAAUACCACUUUACCACUAACAUCCAAAUCUGCAGUCCUCUUCAGUCAGGAAUGCUGGUGGUAUGGGCCAAGGAAGUGAAGUUGAGCAUUUUUAGAUCCCUUUGUGUGUCACCAAGAGUCAGAAUGGGGGGGAGAUGAUUUGGAAUCUAGAUAAGGUUUAAAAAAAAUAA